CGAAAACAUCUUCAGCAGACACAGUUCGUUUUAAUACCCGCCUUAUCUAAUACUAUAUGUACAUAGUUCAGCAAAAACGCGACUAUAAAUGAAAAUAUAAGAUAAGAAAUCUAGGUAUUCAAUUAUUAUGAACUCACCGAUGAAAAAAUUUCACCAGAUAUUCCAAAACAAAUGUUCGAUUAUAGGAAUGGUACACGUGGGAGCUCUACCAGGAUCUCCAUUAUUUGCUGGAUCAAUCGAUAAAAUUGUAUCGAAAGCACAUCGAGAAACGGAAACAUAUUUGAAACAUGAAGUUGAUGGAAUAAUAAUCGAGAAUAUGCACGAUGUCCCAUACAUAAAAUCCAAACAUUUUGGGCCCGAAACAACAGCUGCCAUGACUAGGAUUUGUACCGAAUUGAAAAAUAUCAUUCCCAAAAAAACUGCCUUCGGAAUUCAGGUUUUAACCAGCGGUAAUACUCAAGCACUUGCAAUAGCAAAAACUUGUUCUAUGGAUUUCAUCAGAGCAGAAGGAUUCGUUUUCAGUCAUAUUGGAGAUGAAGGAUUCAUUGAUGCAGAAGCUGGUUUACUAAUGCGAUACAGGAAGAAAAUAGAGGCAGAGAAUAUUCUAGUUUUAACAGAUAUAAAGAAAAAACAUAGUUCUCAUGCAAUUACGAAUGACAUAUCUGUAGGCGAGACCGCGAAGGCAGCUGAGUUUUUUCUAUCCGAUGGAGUUAUUUUGACAGGCGCAUCUACAGGGGACCCAGCUAACAUCACAGAAUUACAGACUUUGAAACAAAGUACGGCGUUACCUAUUCUCAUUGGAUCCGGAGUUACGUACGAAAAUUUAGAUAAUUAUAUCACAGCACAAGGACUGAUCGUAGGAUCUCACUUCAAAAAGGGUGGAAAGUGGAGUGCGGAACUAGACGAAGAAAGGAUAGGAUUGUUCAUGCAGAAAAUGUCAGAUUUGAGAAGAAUGUGAUACAUAUAUAGAAACUCCCCAGAGUUUUUUGUUAUACCCUCUAUAAUGGAUAUAUUUGCGAAGAAUUCAACUGGUUUUAGAAUGAUAUCAGGAUCGUUUAACCAAACAAUUGAAUACAAUAUUUUUGAAAAUAAUCUUUACACCGAAUCUUACAGCUCCUUAGAAGCCUCUAACAUUCAAUGUGAAGUCAGUAUUUCACGUUUAUUAUUUCAUUGUACAUUAGAGUUUGUGUCAGUCUCCAGUAUCACAGACAAAUGAAAUUCACAUGAGCAAAUAAUAUUUUUCAAAGAAUUGCAAAAUUACUAGUGAUAAAGAAAGUAAAACCAGAUUUAAAGAGGAACAUAUAUGUGACAGCAAUGUGAAUCAUUUCAGAACUGUCCUGAUUUUUUUUUCAACUUCAAUAGUCUCAUGAUACUCCAUGCAUUUUAUAUGUUGUAUGAUUUGUCUGGUGAUUUGUAUAAUAGCUACAAAUGAUGAAUAGUGUUUGUACAGUAUGGACAAAAUUUUGAGGCAUAAAAUUUGACUGUUAUUACAGUAGGUACCUCUGUCAUGAAUUAGAUUUACAUUAUGUUGAAGAUUCCCCUGAAAAUAUUCAUGUAAUUCAUGUGUGCUGUCUUUAUACAUUUCCUUUAACCGAAAAUUGAUAUUAUAUUCACAUACCAAAAUCAAUCAUUUAUAUUUGGAAACUUCAAUUCUAUAGAAGGAAAACGUCAAUGAGAAUUGAAGGGAGAAAGUACUGAGUUGCUAAUGAAAACUUGGUAAAAGUGUAAAAAUAUAUUUUUUAAAAUUCAUAAAACCCUACAACUGACAUUUUUGUAAUUUUUUACAAAUAUAAUCGCGGCAUAAAAUACAUUAUCAAUAUAAAAUUAUGAUCAAAUCUUUCACAACAAUACAAUUCUAAUUUUAAAAGAUGAAUAAUUAAAAUUAUUUAAUUGAUCAAACAACUUCAAUCACCUACUCUACAGUAUUCUGAGAGUUCUUCAUGACAAAUAAUUUAUCAAAGCAUGUCAUUUUUUGAAACCAAAUAUUUUUUUCAAUGAUGAUCCAACGCCUCCUAAGAACUCUCCAAUUUUGAAAGUGAAGUCACUAUUUCGUGAUCUUCCGAAAACAAAAACUUCUUUUGACACAUUUGGUUUACUAGUACCUUCAGUUAUGUCAGAAUGAUUCAAGUCAGCCACCUCUUUGACUGCCAUAUCAUUAUCAGUUUUGUUCUGGGAAUUAGAAAUCAUGUCAUUAGAAUGAUCACUACUGAAAUUAUUUGUGAAUAAUUUCCUUGGCAUCUUUGAGUCAGUUCCUAAAAAGUUCAGCUCAGUUUCCUGAAAAAACCACGCCACAUACAUUUUUAUUCUGUGAUAUAUCCCAUGACCUCAUGUGUUUAAGAACCUACCCAAAUCAUGUUAACUACAUUUUGUGAAUAUCAUGCAUGGUUCUCUCACCCAUAGCAAACCAUUUCCUAAAAUCUACAUUAGUUUACAAAACCACUUCUUGUGUUAAGUCUAAUCUUGUAUGUGUGUACCAAAACCAUUAUUUUAGCAGCUACAAAUUUCACACUAUGUUGUUACUGACCCCAUGUUUUUCAUACCAUUCAAAUGUGUUUUUGCUAGGAAUUAUUAGAAAAUGAGCUGUUCAAGAACUAAAAGUUGCAAAAGAAUGUUCAAAUUCGAGACUUAUGUGUAAAAUUAGAAUAGAAAACCACUUUUCUUUGUAAACUUUCAUGAAAUUUGAAGAAAUAAUUAAAUUUUCAGAUUAAUUUGAGAAAAUGUGACUUUUGAGAUGUAGCAAGUCACAUGACUCAGACUGAGUAGGCCAUUUUUCAUCUUUCUAAAGCGGAACUGAAAGCUCAAGUCAAAUUUCAAGAUAAAUUAUUAUUAAAAGUUUUUACCAUAUGACCCCAACUUUAUGAAUGAAACUGUAUAUCUUAUUCAGUUGAAAAAUAUUGUUUUUAUAUUGUUAUUAAUAUGAUGACCAUAAUCAUUAUUAUUAUUAUUAUACUAUACAUGCAGAGUUCAGCAUUUCUUAAAUUGGAGCCCAAUAGAUACCAAUUCUUUCAACUUUUAUUGAAAGUCCAGCAAAAUCAUCAAAAUUCUUAAACUUCUGGCCACACAGAAAACAAAGCAUUUGUUCUCUUGAUGAGCUCAGAUCCAUGAUUUACAAAUUGUUGCAGGCAAUUCCAAUUUUGUGUCUUCUAAUACCAUUUACAUCAAUCAUUCUAAUUUUAAAAACAUUCUGUUGAUGGAAGAUGAAAAAGAGUUGAAUUGCUUACCAUUUUUAGUUUUUUUAAAGGCUUCCCAGGACUUAUGCCUAUUUCAUGAUAUUCAUGCAGAUCUUUUCUCUUAACUGGCCUUCUUGAAGAACUGUCUUUCCUCAAAGUUUUUCUGUCACUCAGAUGGCUCUUGAUGGCAUUUUGAAUUUUAUCAAUCCAAUUUUUUGUCUCAUCAAAUUGUUCAUGGUACAAAAUGAGUUCUUCUUCUUGACAAAUUAUUUUCAGACAUCCCUUGUCCAGAACUUCUACAAUCUUGCAUUUCCCAAGUGGAAAAAUGCUGAGACAUUUUAGGGAGUUCACUUUCAACUCCUUUUUUAUUUUAGAAAAUAGUAUGAUGUCAUUCAUUAAAACAGUAUACAGUUGUUCACUGGGGCAAUUUUUUGUUGACAUUUUCACAAGGAUUCCAUCUUUAAUCAAAGUUCUUCCUGGCUUGACUAUAAUUGGUUCACCACUCUUCAGAUAUCUUUGGAUUUCAAGUAUUCUUUGCAUAUUUUCUUGAUCUUUCACAAUCUUGUUGAUGUGAUCUGCUGCAUCAGUUACUUUAUCCAAACAAUCUG